GGCUUUAUAUCCGCUGGUAUGUUACAGGGCACCAUGGACUAGAAAGUUGAGUGAAUAUGGGAAAACAACAAUACUGCUAUGUACUACCAUUUGUUUGUGUUAAUGUUAUCGUGUGUACCCAGUGUAGGAAGACUGUAUUUGUUUAGGGGCAGCUGGGAUCCAUAUGACACUAAAUAUGGACACUUUUCUGAGACGGAGCGGCUUGAGAUGCUACAGGCAUCGAAAAACAUGUUUUAUUUCGGAUAUGACAGUUACAUGAAAUACGCCUUUCCACAAGAUGAACUGAACCCAAUAAACUGCUCUGGGCGUGGGCCAGACUAUGACAACCCAUCCAACAUAAACAUCAAUGAUGUUUUAGGUGACUACAUUCUGACGCUAGUGGACGCCCUGGACACAUUAGCUGUAAUGGGAAAUGAAACUGAAUUUAAGAAAGCGGUGAACCUCAUUAAGGAUAACCUUGACUUUGACAAGUCAAGCACCGUUCAAGUCUUCGAAACUACGAUCCGGAUGAUGGGAGCAUUAUUAUCAGCACACCUAAUCAUCAUUGACCCCAGUCAGCCAUUCGGUAAUAUGAUGCCCAUACACUAUGAAGGGGAGUUGCUUCACCUAGCACAUGACUUGGCUGCAAGACUUCUUCCUGCCUUCGAAAAUACAGCAACAGGAAUUCCUUAUCCAAGGAUAAAUCUGCGUCAUGGAGUACCACCUGACUGUAUCAAUGAAACAUGUACAUCAGGAGCGGGGACUUUGGUGCUAGAGUUUGGCAUACUGUCUCGGCUGCUGGGAGAUCCUGUGUAUGAAUCUUUGGCCAGACGAGCAGUGCAGAUGCUGUGGAAAUAUCGCUCAAAUGUGACAGGCUUGUUCGGUAAUGUCAUCAAUAUCCAGACUGGAGAGUGGGUUGGGAAGAUGAGUGGUCUAGGUGCCGGGAUUGAUUCAUUCUACGAGUAUCUCCUCAAGUCAUACAUUAUGUUCGGAGAUGAACAUGACCUGAAGAUGUUCAAUGAAUCCUACGAGACAAUCAAGUUCCAUAUGAGAAGGGGGAGGUCGCGGUGCAACAAUGGUGAAGGGAACCCUCCUAUCUACGUCAACGUCAACAUGAUGACAGGCGACACCGCCAACACCUGGAUUGAUGCCCUGCAGUCAGCAUGGUCAGGUGUGCAGGUGUUGAAUGGUGACAUAGAGGAGGCCAUCUGUUCCCAUGCAUUAUACUAUUCAAUAUGGAGGAAGUACGGGGCCCUGCCGGAGCGCUACAACUGGCAGAUGAAGGCCCCGGAUGUCAUGUUUUACCCCCUGCGCCCAGAACUGGUGGAAUCAACAUACUACCUCUACCAGGCCACCAAAAACCCAUUCUACCUGCAUGUGGGGAAAGACAUUCUCAACAGCCUCAAUCAACAUGCCAAAGCAGAGUGCGGGUAUGGAACAAUACACAAUGUGAAUACAAAAACUUUGGAGGACAGAAUGGAGAGCUUCUUUCUUAGUGAAACUUGUAAAUAUUUGUACUUGCUAUUUGACAAAGACAAUCACGUGAACACGGAGGCCAGCAAGUGGCUGUUCUCCACAGAGGGGCACCUGUUUCCUGUCAGCAGACAACUCCGCAAGAAGUCAUGGGAAGAAUGGCAGCCCCAGACACCCAUUCCAUCGGCAGCCGUGGUGGAUGUUCGCACAAACAAGUCAAAUUGUGAUACAGUGUCGUCGGACAGUCGGUACUUUCUACCAAUGAAGUCCCGUUACCUGGAGCAGAUGGAGCUUGCUGUGGGUCUACACGACACUUUGUGACACAUUCCAGCUUUAUACAUACCUAGUGUGUCUCAACACAGGGCAUUCUAUGUGAUGGCAGUCUUGCGCAUAUCAUACUGCAGACCGAACCAAUUUACUUCUUGUUCUAUAUAUCAUCUGAAAAAGCAAAUUAAUUUCGUGAUUCUUUUUUUUAAAUAUGUUUUUUUGUGUUUUUGUUAAAACUUGCAAAAAUCAACCCCAUAUCAACUCUGACAAAAACAUUAUAUACUCACUGCCAAAAGAAACAUGAAUACCAUACACGGAGGUUAAUUUAUGAAAAGUUACUCCAUUUCAAGAGAUGUUAGAUUAGUUUGAUGCACAAAUGAGGAUGCUGUUAUGUUGUAUGAGAUGCACAAACGAGGAUGCUGUUAUGUUGUAUGAGAUGCACAAACGAGGAUGCUGUUAUGUUGUAUGAGAUGCACAUUUGUUUCAUGCAGGAUUAAUGUGUAAAGUUUUGAAAUCAUGUGCAGCAUAUCUGAUAAGAAUAAAGACACACUGUGGUAACAUUCGACUGAUUUUUAGUUUUGACAACACCUCUUCUUUAUGUAGAUACUUCUCUGUAUGUUUCUCUGGUUUGCGUUUCUUUUGGCAGUGAGUAUAAUAUGCCUCCUGACUCAUGGAAUAUUGUUCGCAAAAGUCCAUAAGACAUAAAAUUAGAUUGUAUUUCACCUUGUACCUACAAUAUCUACAUAUUGUCAUCAGUCAUUCGUGCACACACAUUCAUGACAUGUCAUUAUUUGUAUAGUGUUUAAUAGAGUAUGACAACAUACAGCUUUAGAAGGCAAAGGGAGAUAACUGAGACUAAUCCCAUCAUUGGGUUGCAAUACUUUUAAAUAGCCUAUAAAGAAAGGUUUUUAUCAUGCUUAUUCAAGUCAUUUGUAUGUUUUUAUACAUUCAUGUCUCAAAUCAAUUCAAUAUUCAACUGAGAAUGUGUCUUAGUGAUAUUCCAAAUACUUAAGCAAACUUAACAUUUGUUUAAGUACUAAGGUAUAAAAUUAUGAAGCGUUUCCCCAUAUUUCUUCCAUUCAGCAUUUUCCUCAUCUAAGCUAUACAUUAUCAUUCUCAGGUCCAGCUCAUGUCAAAUAUUUGUUCUUUUAUCCUAAUAUUAUACAAUUUCAAAACAUAUUCCCAAAAUUAUAUAAUAAAAUCAGUUGUCUGUUCGGUAUGAUAUUGUCUACUCUGUAUAUGUGUGAUAUUAUCUGUGCAUUCUCCCUAGUAGGUAUGAACGGGACAUGAAUGUUUUCUUUUCUCUGUGUUGUCACUGUACAUGGAUUAUGGAAUCUGUCUGGGUGUCCGUGUACAGUUUGUCCGUGACAUAUAGGGUAAAAACCCAUCUUCCCAAGGCAAGGGUGUUAACUGACUAUAAAAGUCCAAUUUCCACCCUUGCCGAACUCGGCUGGAAGUUUGUGGCUCGCUCGUAUUGCCCAGUCAAGACGAUCUGAUCGAUAAUCGACAUCUUAAUUGUAAUAAAAUGGGUCCUACCUCACGCAAUGCAAGAAAUCACCUAACACAUUGAUUUGAAAUAUGAAAAGAUUUGGAAAAUAUUUGUCGACAACCAGUUGACAGUACACAUG